AAAUCAAGUGCAUCUUAAAAUGGAAAAUUAUCAAGGUAUUCCCAACGACAACACAUCAAAAUUUAAACGAAGAUUACCGAUGAGUGACAAUCCAGAAAUAAAUAGGUUUAUUCGAAAAGAUGGUAAAUUAAAAUGGAUACCUUAUAAGAAGCUAACUAAUAUUGAAUAUCUUGCUCAUGGAGGAUUUGGAGUGGUAUCAAAAGCAAAAUGGG